GGCACGGGCGUCCAGCCUGGCGAGGGCCCUGGGGCACCGCUGGGCGAGCUGAUUACCCGCCGACUACUGCAGCAGACGGCCGCCUCCUGACCGAGCAGGGCAGGUCGUCGAAGGAACGGGACUCCUCUGGGCUCCCGCCGCUGGUGCCCGCGCCGCGAGGCGAGCAGCUGCGUCCCUCCGACGCAAUCGGCGGGCAGCGCCGGCGCUCGCUGCGCUCCCUGCGGCGGCCGCUGACGACCACGGGCGUCGUCAUGGCGCUGACGGACGCGGCGUUCAGUUCGGACGCGGACAGGCCGGUCUCCCCCCGCGGCCUCAAGCAGGAGCCCCUGCCGCUGACUCGCAGCCGCAGCCGCCCUGGGUCCCGCGACAGCCGGGGCUCCGGGGAGAGCUGCAAGCUCCUGGGCAGCGGCGCGUCGGUCCGCGCUGGGUCUGCCCGCGCGGGCGGCGAGAGGGAGCUCAGCGGAGCGGAGGCCGCCAUGAAGCAGACCCAGGCCUCGGACUGGUUCAAGCAGGCCAGCAGUAUCAACGCGUCGCAGGGGCAAACUCUCGAGGACCGGAAAAGAUGCAAGCAUUUCGCGUCCGGCGCACAGAGCGGGCGACUUCCAAGGACGGAAUGCGUCCUCUGA